CCUCUCAAGCCUCUCGAGCCUUCCAGGGCUCCGCCUCUCAAGUCUCUCGAGCCUCCCAGGGCUCCGCCUCCCGAGCCUCUUACGGCUCCGCCUCCCGUGCCUCCCACGGCUCCGCCUCCCGAGCCUCCUACGGCUCAGCCUCCCACGGCUCCGCCUCCCAAGCCUCCUACGGCUCCGCCUCCUACGGCUCAGCCUCCCACGGCUCCGCCUCCCGAGCCUCCUACGGCUCCGCCUCCUAUGGCUCAGCCUCCCGCGGCUCCGCCUCCUGAGCCUCCCGCAGCACUGCCUCCAGAGCCUCCUAGGGCCUCGCCUCUAGAGGCCCCUACGGCACCACCUUCCUCGGCUCUGCCUUCGAAGCCUUCCAGCUCACUGCCUAAAGAGCCUCCUACGGCGCCACCUCCCUUGGCUCCGCCGCUAGAGCCACCCUCGGCUCCGCCUCCGGAGCCUCCCUCAGCCUCACCUCCGAUGCCUCCUAGGUCCUUCCCGGCUCUGCCUCUCCCGGCUCGGCCUCCGAAGCCUCCCUCGGCUCCGCCUCCGGCGCCUUCCCCAGCUCCGCCUCCUGAGCCAUCCUCGGCGUCGCCCCCUGAGCACUCCUUGGCACCGCCUACCACGGCUCCACCUCCUGAGCCUCCCUCGGCUCCGCCUCCUGAGCCUCCCUCGGCAUCGCCCCCUGAGCACUCCUUGGUGCCGCCUCACAAGUCCUCUAUGGCUCCGCCUUCGAAGCCCUCCUUGGCCCCGCCUCCUGAGCCUCCCUCGGCUCCACUUCCUGGGCCUGCCUCGGCUCCACUUCAUGGGCCUUCUAUGCAAUCGCCUCCCUCGGCUCCGCCUCCUGAGCCUCCCUCGGCUCCGCCUCCUGAGCCCCCCACGGCCCUGCCUACGCCUCCUUCGGCGCCGCCUCCCAAGUCUUCUACGGCUCCGCCUCCGAAGUCCUCCUUGGCUCCGCCUCACACGGCUCCGCCAGCCUCUGUCCUGCGACCACCUCCCAGGUCCCCUGUACCGGCCCCUGCCCAGAGACCAGCUCCCGGGCCACCCAAACCAGCUCCUGCCCCAUGGCCCGCUCCCAGACCUCCUGAUCUGAAUCUGGUGCUCACCUCGUGGCCAGCUCCCGAGCCCCCCAGGCCUAUCCCCGCAUUGUGGCCGCCUUCCAGGCCUCCUGAACCUGCCCGGUUGAUGCCCCCCAGGCUGCCGGACCCGAUAGUUCCGGCGCAGAUGUUUCAACAGCCCUGCAGCCUAAGGGAGACGAUGAAUAGCACGAAGCCUGCUGUUUUCCAGAGCGCUCACACAGCAUGCACUGCCGAAUGA